AUCGAUCUACAAGGAAAUCUGGUCAAUACUCCUCCCAUUCCAUUCACCUCCAUCCCGUCGUCUUCUUCCUUCCUUCAUUCAUCCAUUCAUUCCCCAUCCAGUUGAGCUGAGCUGAGCUGAGCUGCUGCUUAAAAUAUUUAAUCUGAGACAUUAGGGGAGCAAUCUAUGAGCUGCUUUGGCUGUUGUAAGGAAGGUGAUUUGAAGCAGACUUCUUAUGGGGGAGGCCAGCAUUCAGUGAAAUUUUCAGCAGGUAAAUAUGAAAAUAAACACGGAAAAGAGGCACCGGGUGGUAUUCAAGACAUUAAAUCUCAGUCUAUUGCAGUCCCUGCAAUACCAAUCACUGAACUUAGGGAGGUCACAGGUAAUUUUGGGAGUGCUGCUUUAAUUGGAGAAGGUUCGUAUGGAAGAGUGUAUUAUGGAGACCUUAAAAUUGGGAGGGCUGCUGCAAUUAAGAAUUUGGAUUCAAACAAACAACCAGAGGAGGAAUUCUUGGCACAGGUAUCUAUGGUUUCAAGGUUAAACCACGAAAAUUUUGUUGAAUUACUUGGCUAUUCUGUUGAUGGCGAUCAACGUGUUCUUGCCUAUGAGUUUGCAUCCAAUGGAUCACUUCAUGAUAUUCUUCAUGGGAGGAAGGGAGUAAAAGGAGCACAACCUGGCCCUCUGCUUUCUUGGACACAGCGAGUUAAGAUUGCUGUAGGAGCAGCUAGGGGCCUCGAGUAUCUGCACGAAAAAGCUGAAGUUGAAUUGGUGCAUCGAGAUAUCAAAUCCAGCAACAUUCUGCUUUUUGAUGAUUAUGUAGCAAAAAUAGCUGAUUUUGAUUUAUCCAACCAGUCUCCUGAAAUGGCAGCACGCCUCCACUCAACUCGUGUUCUUGGCACAUUUGGCUAUCACGCUCCCGAAUGUUGAAGCAUCUGUUAUUUGUGGUUUUGUGAAUGGGUAGAUAUGCAAUGACUGGGCAGCUAAAUGCAAAGUGUGAUGUGUACAGUUUUGGUGUUGUCCUUCUUGAGCUGCUCACCGGGCGUAAACCCGUUGAUCAGACCCAACCGCGAGGCGAACAAAGUCUUGUUACAUGGGCUACUCCAAAACUCACUGAAGACAAGGUCCGACAAUGUGUCGAUCCAAGGCUGGCAGGAGAGUACCCCCCCAAAGCAAUUGGAAAGUUUGCUGCUGUCGCUUCGUUGUGUGUGCAAUACGAGGCAGAUUUUAGGCCAAACAUGGGCAUUGUGGUCAAGGCACUCCAGCCCCUUCUCAAUACACGGCCCGGUAUUGGUGGCGACGUGGGCCACGCGGCGUGACGAAUGCUAGUAGUAGUACUAUAUUGGUUACAGUCAAUUACACUUUUGUCCUUAUUAGUUUGUACUUUAUAGGCACAUUGAUCUGGUCCAACAUGAGAGCGGGGUGUGUCUUUAGUACACCCUUUUCAAGUGUAAUUGCUUGAAGAAAAAGAAAAGGACAUUUGACUU